CCUUUUGUUUAUACUAAUGAUGCUGAGAAAAGAGAAAGUACUGAACUUUCAGAUCAGCCAAUUAAAGAUACCUCACGUCCAACAGCUCUGACUGUUAUGGCCACACCAAUAACAAGAUCUACAACUAACGAUAUUGAUAUCAACGCAAGUCGUAACGGUAAUUCAAACAUCCUUGAGUUGGAGCGAGAUAUAGGGAUACAAUUAUCGGAUAGUAAAUCAGUAAGGCUAUUCAAGGCUACGGAAAUCAUUAAAGGAAAGUUAGCUGAAGCGGAUGAAGGGAAAUUACGAGCAGAGCAAGAAAAGAUAAGGUUACAAAAUGAAUUGGACCAAUUGAGG